UUGGAGCUGAAGCUAAGUAAAGCUGACUUCUAUAAAUACAUAUUAACAAAUAUAUAGGCAUAUGAAAGAAAGGACAUACUUUGAGUCAGCACUUUCGAUUUAAUUAAAUAUUUUCAAUUUCAAAAUGUAUUCGCGUCGGGUGAUACUUCAAUAAUCGAUCAAUCGAUAAGCGAUUAAAGUUAUCGCAUAAGUUUGCUGAAUUCACAGCGCUUUCGAUUGGCAAACUACGAAUUGAGCAAAUUCGGGACAGCGAUAGAAAUAGAAAUUUUCUCAUCUGAAAUUUACAAUUGACAUCUUGCUCAUAAUGUCGAAGAGAGCAACAUCUGCCCUCCAGUCUUCUGCGGCUGCUCAGGGAAAUGCAACACCAAGUGAGAUUCAUAGUACUUUGCUCCUCUUUCUGGAAUAUGGUGAAAGUCGCAUGGACAUCUCCAAGAAGCUAAUCGCGCAGUUGGAGACAACGGACAUCACAUCGACUAUCAUGUGUCUAAACGUGGAUCAGCUGGAGAGAUUGAUGCCAAUGCUGGCGGGUAAUCUGACCCGCCUGCAACUGGAGAUCGCUGAUGUAAUCCGCAUGGAUAGACUGUGUCGGGAGGGAGGCGUCUCUGGGCUGGCCUUAGUGAACACCUGCCUGGUGGGCCAUGCAAUUCCAAUGCCAAGCGGCAGCAAUUCCAACAUCCAUUUGCGGCUGCUGGGAAACCUGCUUCCCGGCCUGCUGGUGCUGCAUAUGAACGCACCGGUUGCGGCACCGUUUCCAGUCAACUUGCGCCAACUGCGCGCACUGCUGCUCCGCAAGAGCAUUACGCAGGAGGUGCUGGAUCAGGUGUGCCAGAAUUGCCCCCAGCUGCGGCAAUUGCUCGUGCGAAACGAGGAGAUGCCGCUCACAGUGCUGGACUUCUCGGAGAUGUGGCGGUGCUCUCAGCUGAGGGAGCUGCAGGUGCCGCUGAUGCUGCGCUCGGCGCAGACCUUGUGCCACCUGGAGCAUCUGGAGCAUUUGUCGCUGCAGCGCAAGCAGCUCUGGCCCCGCAUGGACUGGCUACCGAUUGCCAAGGAGAUCAUCAAUGCCAAACGCAGUGAGCUGCUCGCCCUGCGCUUCGAUGGCACCUGGCUAAGUGCUCCGUUUGAUUUUUCGCUGUUGGAUCUGCGCUUUUGUACAGCAAUGGAGGAGCUGCUGCUGAGCAACUGCAAGUUGAAUGUGCGAACGAGGCGACCGGUGCUGCCCCUGAGUUGUAAGCGCUUUUGUUUGACUGGCUGCUCCCUGAACCAGCUGUUCUGCUAUUUGGAGGAAGCAGACCAGCUGCACUUGCUCGAGUUGAAUGACUGCCCCCUGCUCGAAGAAUGUGACGAUUUCUUACAUCAGCUACUCAGGCAGUGCAAGAUGAAGCCAAUGUUUGGAACAGUGCAGCUACGCUUCAGCCACAUGCCGACCUUGAGUAGAGAGCUAAUCAGCUGGGGUCCCAGGCGACGCGAGUACAAUGCGGAGUGGCUGCAGGUCCAGGAAUCGCAUGAGGCAGAGCCCACUUGGAAAAAUACGCCCGGCACAAUAAGCAUGACAUUCGGCAGGCCAGUUAACUAUGCGCCAGAUCCGGAAAAAUGGAACGAUUGCCCAGAUACAACACCAGCCGAUUUACUAAAGGAGCUCGGCAUGGAUUGAAUAAAACCAG